GCAGAUUCAUCUGUCAUUUUGCGUGUGAUUUGCGAUCGGUCGUCGUUUGAUGUUGCUAAACGAAUAUAAUCCUUUAUUUCUAACUAAUAAGUGAAAAUAGUCUAAUAAAACAUGGAAGUCAUAGUUGCUAAUGUCGACCAUAUUAAAUUUGAUAUAGAUUAUGCUUUGGAAGAACAGUAUGGGGCACUACCGUUACCAUUCCCAGGAAUGGAUAAGUCGACCGCUGCAGUAUGUGAAUUUUUCAGCCAGCCCGGAGGUUGUGGCAAUGGCCCUCAAUGUCCGUACAGACACGUCCGAGGGGACCGCACGGUGGUCUGCAAGCAUUGGCUCAGAGGGCUAUGCAAGAAAGGUGACCAGUGCGAGUUCCUUCACGAGUACGACAUGUCAAAGAUGCCUGAAUGUUACUUCUAUGCCAGAUUCAAUGCAUGCCACAACAAAGAAUGUCCAUUCCUUCACAUAGAUCCUGAAAGUAAAAUUAAAGAUUGCCCAUGGUAUGACCGAGGUUUCUGCCGGCACGGUCCUCACUGCCGACACCGGCACGUGCGGCGAGUGCUCUGCAUGAACUACCUGUCUGGCUUCUGUCCUGAUGGCUCCUCCUGCAAAUACAUGCAUCCUCGGUUUGAGCUUCCCGCCCCUCCUGAACAAACAAAGGAUGCUAAGAGACUACCCGUGUGUCAUUACUGCUCUGAGGCUGGACACAAAGCUUCAUCUUGCAAUAAAAUACCAGCUGAGCAAAGAGAAGCUGCCCAGAGACAGGAAGAGGCCAGAUAUCGCGCCCUUGGCUACGUCAAACCGGCCGAGAAUGACGACAACAAUGCUCAAAGACUGCAGAGGAUCGUCCACAAACCUCUUGAAGAGGUCACAUGCUUCAAAUGUGGCACUAAAGGACAUUAUGCCAACAAGUGCCCCAAGGGACAUCUCGCUUUCCUGUCUAGCCAGUCCAACCAGAACAAUAUGAACACAUUCAAAAAACCCAACUAGUACAGAUAUGUGAAGCCCUCAUUAGAGAGGCUUCAGUGACAGACUAUUCAUUAAAAAUAAGUUAUGUGAAAAUUAAAAUAUUAGAGUGCAACUCAAACUUGCAACAAUAUCCCACAUUGCAUGUUAUUCAUAACUAUCUUUGUACAUUACAUUCUUCAUUCAUUGUAAUAGUGCUUGUAAAAUGCAGUAUAUAUACGCAUGAACUCCAAAACGAUUACAGAUUAGCGUGUUAUACCUGCGUUCAAACUCGGUUUUGUAAGCUCUAUGUAUUAUACUCACAGUUAUAUGCACGUCUUUUGGCAAACAUUACUGCUACGACUUACAAGCGUUUUCUUGUUCAUAAGAUUUUUUAACAGCAAGUGUGUACAUAGCUGAUUAUGCCAAACCGAGCGUAUACACAUAAUCAUUUAUAGUAAUACAGCAUAUUUUAUACUCGAUUGGUAUCUAAGACCCAGACUCCACCAAGGCGGAGCGAAGCGGAAAAGUUUUUAAACAUCCAGUAGAAUUUCCCACCACAGGGGGGAUACUACCGAAUGGGCGAAUAACGAAAUUCCAUUGGUUGUUAAAUAUAAAAUUCUGCUAGUCUUUCGUAACACGUAUUUAUGAUGUGUAGUCAAGGACGCCACUUCUGUUGUAAAUAAAGCAAAUGCGUAGAUAUUACUACAUAUACCCGUGACCCAUAGAUGCAUGCAUAUAUAUACAAUAAAAUUUAGGACCAUAUUCCAAAUGCGACGAUUGGUAGGGGGAAAAUAUUUUACUUUUAUGAAUAUAUGGUAUGAAUUUUCGAAGUAAAACCAAGACAAUAAAACUUUCUUUGGGGUAUAUUAUUUUCGAUCGAAUGACAAGAUAAUGUCCCCGAAUAUCUUUUCUUACCACACAGUAAAACACCAAAAAAUCUUUUUAAUUUCCCGCUACCAUUUGAAGCUGUGGACAGUAGGCUAAGUUUAAUCUUGGACGCCAUGCCACUGGCUUUUACCGGUGCUCGUUUAGUACGCGGUUGUAUUAAAAAAACAUGUAAAAUAGUUUUGUUUGUGUUGGGUUUUGGUUAAUAAAUUAUAACUGAAAA